AGAAAGUCAAUUUGACAAUAUUAAAGAUGAAUAUCUUCUUACUAUAGAAUUUGAAGAUGAUUUUGAUUUAGCAAAUAGAAAUAUUCAUCUCACAGAUGAUCUAAAUGCUAAAUGGUCUUUAGGAUCACUAAUGAUAAAUAAUUUAGAAGCACCUUCAUUUUUGGGUAAUGGUUAUAUUUUUUCUAAUGCUAAAUAA